GAGUCCGCGGGCGAGUGCCACCGCCUCGCCCACCAGCCUCUGGGCACCGCAACAACAACACCAAUAGCAUGACUAGCAGCAACAGUAGCCACACCACAGCCGGCCUUAGCCACCAGCACCUGCACUCACCCACCAAACUCACCGAAUUCGCUCGCAAUUUUGAGGACAAGCCGGAGUCGCUCUUCGGGCGCGUCGUCAACAAAAUCCAGAAUGUAUACAACCAGAGCUACAACACCGUCAAUGACAUAUCCAGUGGCACAAGCAGCAGCAGCAGUGCUUCCUCCUCGCAGGCCGUUCAAGUGGGCAAGUCGCAGUUCUUUAGCGAGAACAAAACGCUUACCUCUGACAUGGCUGAAGGGGAAACUCCUGUCAGCCGUCCAACCACACUCAGCUUGCGGUCCACCAGUGAGUCGAGGAGCACGAGCACAGUUGCCUCUAGUUCCGCCACUGCCGCUGAGGAUUCCGAGGCCAAUGAACGCUUGGAGGCGUUGCCCAGCGAAGCGAAUCAGGGGCGCACGGUUUCCAAUGUGCUCAAGCACAUCAGCAACAUAGUGGCCACAAAAAACAACAAUGAUCUUCGUAACUACAAAGACACCGAGCUGCAGCGCUUCUGGAUGCCCGAUUCAAAGGCCAAGGAGUGCUACGACUGCUCGCAGAAGUUCUCCACGUUCCGGCGCAAGCACCACUGCCGGUUGUGCGGCCAGAUUUUCUGCUCCAAGUGCUGCAACCAGGUGGUGCCCGGCAUGAUCAUUCGCUGCGAUGGCGACCUUAAAGUCUGCAAUUACUGCUCGAAGAUAGUGCUGACCUUCCUGAAGUCCUCCAGUUCGGAUAUUGGCCAGGAUCUCCAGGCACUACAGCAGCAUUUAAGCAACAAACUCGAAGUGCAAGACGGCGCCACGCCGCAUGCCAAGAAUCCGCAGCAACAGAGGGCACCGCUUUCGAGGAAGACUUCCGUGGGCUACCAGGAAGAGCGGUUCAGUUCGCAGACCAAUUACAAUACUCUGUCCAUAGACGACCGCAAGAACAUCCUGCAGCAAUCGAACUCUUUGAUCACCCUGCACGAGGAGAUGCAGCGCGAUCUGCCCGCCCAGAACUGUGGCCAACGGCUGAUCGAGUUCCUCAAUAGCAACAACAAGUCGGCGAAUGAAGUGCAAGCUGUGGCCAUUUUGAAUGCCAUGCUGGCAGCCGGAUUUCUCGAGCCCAUUGUGCCCGACCCCGAGCAGAUGGACUUCGAUCCAACGCUGCACUAUAAGUUUGCCAAGAGCAGCAGCGGCGCAGACACUUCGCGCACAAUGAGUCCACAGUUCGAAGUGGCUUCGCAUGCAGAGCCGCAGCCACCCAAGUCCAUGGAUCUGUCCACGUCUGAGGAAAAAGACAGGGAGCUAGAGAACGAAUUGGAGAAUGAUCGCUGCUUCACAACGGCUACUUCGAAGCUGCUAGAGUCCUACUGUGAGCACGAGGAGCAGUUGCUGGCCCAGCUCUUGCGGGCCAAUCACCUCGACCAGGAGUGGGACAAAGUGCUGCAGAUGCUCUGCUCCACCGCCGCCAAUCACUUCAAGCCGGAGCACUGCACCAACGAUUUGAUGGACAUUCGGAACUAUGUUAACUUCAAGAAGGUGCCGGGUGGCAGGCGCAAGGACUCCAGCAUUGUCCAUGGGGUGGCCUUCUCCAAGAACGUGGCCCACAAGGACAUGGCCACGCAUGUGCCCUUCCCGCGCAUCCUCCUGCUGCAAUGUCCCAUUGUCUACGAACGGAUAGAAGGCAAGUUUGUGACCAUUGAGACGGUUCUGUUGCAAGAGAAGGAGUACCUCCGUAAUGUCUGUGCGCGGAUUAUGAGCUUCACUCCCAAUGUGGUGCUGGUACACAAAAAUGUGGCGGGCAUCGCGCAGGAUCUGCUGAGAUCGUACGGCGUGACCCUUGUCUUAGACGUGAAGCUAUCGGUGAUGGAGCGGUUGUCACGUACGCUGCAGUGCGACAUUGUCAGCUCCAUCGAGUCGAAUAUAACCAUGCCCAAGCUGGGCUACUGCAACGACUUCUACAUACGGAACUACAAUGGAAAGACUCUCAUGUUCUUCGAGAAGCUCACGAAUCCGAGAGGAUACACCUGCCUCCUUAGAGGCGGCAGCAAUGCGGAGCUCACCAGGGUGAAGCGAGUGGCUUCGGCGUUACUUUUUGCCCGCUACAACUGGCGCUUGGAGAUGUCCUUCCUGCUGAACGAGUUUGCUCAGCCUUUGAGUCCCAAGCCCUCGAUAUUUGACUCCAAGGAGACGAGUCCCAAGACCCCUGAGACGGAGGCGGAACUGCGAGCAAAGCGACCUGCUAUAGCGGAGCGCAAGUCUGAGGAUAAGAUCAUCGUGAGCAUUGUCAGUGAGAAUGUGGCUGACUUUACGGAUCCACUGCGCUCAUCGCAGGCCGAGGCUCUGUCCACAUCACCCUGUGCUCCGCCUGUGGUCCAAGCGCUAGCUGUGGAGCCACGCUAUGACAACCGUUUCCGUACGGCUCUGAGCUCCACACUCCUGUCGGUCAGUCCCUUCCUGACCUUCCCGCUGCCCUAUCUGGAAACGGAGCAGGGACGCAAGUGCAAGCUCAGGAAGCUCUUCCCCGCCGAGCUGUACUUUUCCAAGCAGUGGUCUCGCACGGCGGAUAGGCCGGAGAGUGAGGCCAGGGACAGCGAGACAGGCGGCCGAUCGGGAGAACCCGGGAACAAGGAGAACCAGAACCAGCAGAUGCAACUCCUGCCGGCCCAUGACUUUGUGAAGAUGAAGAUUACAGCGCCGGCGAGCAGUCGUGACAUCCAGACCAAACUGGCAGAGUUCCGAUCCUUUGGCGGUCGUUUCCCGAAGGGCAAGGCACCGAUGCUCCGACCGAAGAAGAAGAACGCCGAGCUUAUCCAACGGCCGCAGAAGGUGAGCGAGGAGCAGCUGUACAAGGACGCGCUAGAUCCACAGAACCACCAGCGCCUGCCGGUACUCUUCUGCAGCUUCCAUUACAACCCCAAGGGCGUGUCCUCAUUCUGCAAGCUGCCCAUGCUACUGGACAUGAAGUUUUACGGGCAGUACGACAUCAUGCUCGAGCAAUUCCUGCAGCGAUACUGCUGCCUAUUCAACUCAAUGUGUCCAUCGUGCAACCUGCCGAUGCUGGGCCACGUCCGUCGCUAUGUCCACUCGCUAGGCUGUGUACAUGUCUACCUUACGGAGGACUCUACGCGCUCCGAUCCCAAGCGCAUUUACUUCACCUCCUGGUGUAGUAUUUGCAACGCCACGACUCCAACGAUACCGCUCUCCGACUCCGCCAAGUGCCUGUCGCUGGCCAAGUACCUGGAGAUGCGUUUCCACGGCCACGCCUACAAGCGGCGCCCACCGCCAGACGCCGAGCAGGGCGGCAGCCCCUGCGAGCACUCGCUGCACCGCGACUACGUUCAUCACUUCAGCUUCCGGGGCGUGGGAGCCAAGUUCCAGUACACGCCCCUUGAGGUCUGGGAAACGGAUCUCCCCUCGCUCACCUUGCAGCUGGAUCUGCCGAAACCUCUGCCCGGCAUCCAGGUACAGGAGGAGAUCAAGAACUUCUCGGUGCGAGGGCACGAGGUGUAUACGAGAAUCCACGAGAGGAUAGCCGACCUGGCCACCGAGGAGGAGAAUACGCCGCUGGUCCAAAACCUGAAGACGAUGCUCACCCACGACCAGUUCAUCUUUAAGCAGAAGAUCGAGAUUGUGCACACGCUGCUCACGGAUAGCCGGGCCACCGCCUACGACACCAGCGAUGCCUUGGCCAUGGCCAGGCGGGCUCUGGCAGAGAGUAUUGAGCUGUGGGGACCGAGGCUGCAGGAAAUCGAGAAGCUGUCCGCCAAGCAGGCGCAUCACAUCGACUCGGGAACCAUAUGCACAGAGGAAUUGAGGGCGGAUUCGAGUGUUUCCGGUGUUCCCGAUGCCUCCAAAUCCGUCAGCUCUAGUCUGGCAAGGGAGAAUGAUGCUGUGGAGCUUCCAAGCGAGGAUACGGAGACCAACCUGGCCAGCGCUCAAUCCGUUUCGGAGAAGAAGUUUUCCAUUGACCAGCUGCUUGCCUCCACGGUGAACGUGUACUCGGAUAAGAAGUCCAUUCGGAAGAUUCUCACCCAGCUGCUGCCUUCGACGAAUCAGGUCAAUCCCUUGCAGUCUCCCUUCUCGGCUCAGGAGCAUCUAACCCUGCCGCCAGGCAGCAUUCCCAUCCAUGUCCGCGAGAACGAUCUGAGCUCGGUGAUUGCCUACAGCUUGACCUCAGCGGAGUACCAAAAGGCCAAGGAGGAGGUGGAGCUUAAUUGCAAUGCGGCUGCUGUUGCAUCUUCCUCCUCCGCCGCUUCGGCUGCCCACUCAAGUCCCCAACUGAAGCGGAAGAUUGUUCUGACGGAGAACCAGAGCGAUGCCGAGGACAGUCCCAGUAUUUCACGCACCUCCAGCAACACGAGCGCGGCUACUGGUGCCACAGCAACGGCUCAAACUGGUGCUUCCACCGCCGCCGCCGGCGAAUCCGAGGAGAAGAGCAAGGAGCGCACCAAGCAACCACCCAGUCCGCAUGUCACUUUGGCCUUCCAGGACAAUGGCUGUCAGUUUCAGUGCAAGAUCUACUUUGCCCGCGAGUUCGAUGCGAUGCGUGCGAAGAGCUUGAAGCCGCCCAAGCUGGACAGAUCGCUGUAUCGCCGGCUGGAGAAGAGCAAGAUGCGCGAGGAGCUGAGAAUCUCACAGAGUCGCACGGGCUCCGAAAUGGAGCUGGUGCGCAAGCCGAGCGAUGUUGGCGGUCCACGCCCAUCGGAGGAGGCAACGGAUCUGGAGGAGGAGUCUAGGAUUGCCCUGGCACGCAGCCUGUGCAACAGUGUCCAGUGGGAGGCGAGGGGCGGUAAAUCAGGAUCACGCUUCUCCAAGACUCUGGAUGACCGAUUCGUGCUCAAGGAAAUGAACUCCAAGGACAUGAGCAUCUUUGAGCCCUUUGCCCCGAAAUAUUUCGAGUACAUAGACCGUUGCCAGCAGCAGCAACUGCCCACACUGCUGGCCAAGAUCUUUGGAGUCUUUAAAGUCAGCGUGAAGACAAAGGACUCUACGGUGGAACGGUCUGUGAUGGUCAUGGAGAAUCUGUUCUACGGUUGCGAAAUCGAAAAGAAAUUCGAUCUGAAGGGUUCCGAGCGGAAUCGUUUGGUGGAUCCCACCACUCAGCAGGGCGAAAUCGUACUCCUAGAUGAGAAUCUAGUGCAAAUGUCCUGGUCAAAGCCUCUGUAUGUGCUGUCGCAUAGCAAAACCGUGCUGCGUGAUGCCAUUCAGCGGGACUCUUCUUUUCUGGAACGAAAUGAGGUCAUGGACUACUCAAUGCUGGUGGGUUUGGAAAAGAAGAACAAUUUGCUGGUUCUUGGUAUUAUAGAUUACAUACGCACCUUCACUUUGGAUAAACGGAUGGAAUCCAUCAUCAAGGGCUCGGGCAUCCUGGGCGGCAAGGGCAAAGAUCCCACAGUUGUCAAUCCCGAGCGCUACAAGCUGCGCUUCAUCGAUGCAAUGGACCGAUACUUUCUCACUGUUCCCGAUCGUUGGGAGGGUCUCUCCAAGGUCUGAGAUCUCCCCGCACAACACCCACACACACGUUAGUUAACAAAGCAGUAGACGCAAUAAACUAAAUAAGUAGACGCCAACUUCCACUCAAUCUAAACCAAUUCCCAACAACAACACUCUGUCAGCCAGCAUUUCCGGCGCUGCUGGGGAAUUGAUUUGCCCUUGACCGGCAUCCACAGUCCGCCGUCCGCAGUCCGCAGCCCCGGAAGCCACCCGCUGCUCAUGACAAUUGAAAGCCAUGUACUUGUACUCCGGCCGGAGGAGUUGCGUGCCAGGAAAGGAAAUUAUUAUCAUGAUGGAGACCGCGCGCGUCGCGAAAUGAAAUCGUUAAGAGGCGAGUAAAUCAGGCGAAAUGGGCUCGGCUCUUUGGCUGGUUUCAUUAGCGAGGCGUCAAAACGCCGCGAACUGGGUUAAGGAACUCAACUCAACUCUGACAGCUGCAGCCGAAAUCCAGAUCAAAACACCAUUUCAUAUUCAAAUCAACUGCAACUGCUAGAGAGGAGCCGUCAGCAAGAGGAGGAGGCGUUGCCCGAUUGCAUGUAACAGCUUUUAGAGCUCCAAAAUGGAAUCCUUUCAUUACCGCCCAAGCUUUUGCUGUAAUCCCCCCGCAGUGACACCUCAAGUCAGUCCUCGUGUCGUGGGAAAAUGUCGACGGAGCAGAAGCGCAAUGGAGUUGGAGGGCGCCGAGGGAAAUGGUGUGUGUGUGUGUGUGUCGGAAAGUUGGCGUGCGAAAAACUGGCUAACUUCUUGGCGUCGCACACACUGCCGUGGUGCCACCUUUUCAGUUGGGAUUUACGAUCUGAGCGGUCAAGUUGUGGUUCGGCGAGCUGCGCUUGAAUGGCGCCUUUCGGGCCAGGAACUGGCCACAGGCCAAGGAUGUGUGUGCCGCCGACCAAGUGUGUGUCCCAAGUGUGUGUGUGUGCCCCGUCCCUCCACAAGUGCAGACUCAUUUAAUGUUUAAUUAAAGUGUGCAGAGCCCCGAAAACAGGAAACCCAAUAAUGGCGAUUGCCUACGACUGGAAAAGCAGCGAUGGGUAAGAAGUUUAUAAUGAAUAAUACAAACGGUCUUAUAGGGUAAAAGUUGCCAUCAGUUUAUGAGCACUGAGCACCUUAUUAUUUAGUAAAAGUGAAAGGAAUCCCUCAAUAAAUAUCCUUGACUAAUUUCAACUAAA